AUCGAUUGAAAUCCGCCUGCCGUGGACGUGCCUUUUCCCGAGUCUACAUUCAGUUCGAAUCAUGCAACGAUUUUUGGGAACGAGCAGCCGCAGCCUGCUGCUUAGGUGCCAGCAUCGCUAUCUGGCCACCACACCCGUGGAGGAGGUGCUCUUUCCCACAAAGUCCGACUUUCCCAGUCGCCACAUUGGUCCACGCAAGACGGAUGUGGUGGCCAUGCUGGACACACUCGGCUACAAGUCGCUGGCUGAACUUACCGAGAAGGCCGUGCCGAAGAGCAUCCAGCUGAAGAGGGACCUGAAUCUGGACAAACCCCUAAACGAGCACGAGCUGAUCCGCCGCAUACGCGACAUCUCGCUGAAGAACCAGCUGUGGCGCUCCUACAUCGGCAUGGGCUACCACAACUGCCAUGUCCCGCACACCAUUCUCCGCAACAUGUUCGAGAAUCCGGGCUGGACCACCCAGUACACACCCUACCAGCCGGAGAUCGCCCAGGGCCGUCUCGAGUCGCUGCUCAACUAUCAGACUCUGGUCUCGGACCUCACCGGCCUGGAUGUGGCCAAUGCCUCGCUGCUGGACGAGGGCACCGCCGCUGCCGAGGCCAUGUGCCUGUCCACGCGCCACAACAAGCGGAAGAAGCUCUACCUCUCCAAUCGCGUUCAUCCACAGACUUUGGCAGUUGUCCAGACACGAGCUGAAGCUCUCGAGCUGGAGAUUGAGGUGGGUCCCAUUGAGCAGGCGGAUCUGCCGAGUCGAGAGCUGGCUGGCAUCCUCCUGCAGUAUCCAGACACCCAUGGCGAUGUCAAGGACUUUGAGGAUAUUGCUUCCCUGGCAAAGAAGAACGGGACCCUCGUUGUGGUGGCCACAGAUCUGCUGUCGCUCACUCUGCUCCGACCACCGGCUGAAUUUGGGGCCGACAUAGCCAUCGGCACCUCUCAGCGUCUGGGCGUGCCCCUGGGCUAUGGCGGUCCCCAUGCUGGUUUCUUUGCCUGCAAGCAGAGCCUCGUGCGGCUGAUGCCGGGUCGAAUGAUUGGUGUCACCCGCGACAUGGACGGCAACGAUGCCUACCGCCUGGCACUGCAGACCAGGGAGCAGCACAUCCGGCGGGACAAGGCCACCAGCAACAUUUGCACGGCUCAGGCACUGCUGGCGAAUAUGUCGGCCAUGUAUGCCAUCUACCACGGGCCGGAGGGCCUCAAGGCCAUGGCCAAUCGCAUCCAUCACUUCACCCUGACCCUGCAGACGGGUCUGCAGCAGGUCGGCCACGAGGUGAUCAACAAGAACUUCUUCGACACGCUCCAUGUGAAGCUCUCCGGCAGUCUGUCUGUCGAGGAUCUCAAAGAGCGCGCCGAACACAAGCGGAUUAAUCUGCGUUACUUGGAUGAUGGAACAGUCGGUGUGGCCCUCGAUGAGACAGUCAGUGUGGAGGAUGUGGACGAUCUUCUGUGGGUGUUCAAAGCAGAGACAACGGUGGAGCACCUGCUCGCCCGCCGCGAUGUUCUGAAGAACUCCAUCGAGAGCUCAAAGUUCCUGCGUACUUCGCCCUACCUGCAGCAUCCCAUCUUCCACAGCUAUCACAGUGAAUCCCGAAUGGUGCGCUACAUGAAGAAGCUGGAGAACAAGGACAUCUCGCUGGUGCAUUCGAUGAUACCGCUCGGCUCGUGCACCAUGAAGCUGAACGCCACCACGGAGAUGAUGCCCUGCUCCUUCCGCCACUUUACCGACAUUCAUCCGUUCGCUCCGGUGGAUCAGGCCCAAGGCUUUCAUCAGAUGUUCAACGAACUGGAGCGGGAUCUGUGCGAGAUCACUGGCUACGACAGAAUCUCCUUCCAGCCGAACUCCGGGGCACAGGGCGAGUACGCCGGCCUGCGUGCCAUUCGCAGCUAUCAUGAGCACCGCAAAGAGGGACACCGCAAUAUCUGUCUGAUUCCCAUCUCCGCUCAUGGCACGAAUCCUGCCUCAGCGCAGAUGGCGGGCAUGAAGGUGGAGCCCAUACGCAUCCUGUCAAACGGCUCCAUUGAUAUGGCCCAUUUGCGGGCCAAGGCCGAGGAGCACGCCCACGAGCUGUCCUGCCUGAUGAUCACCUACCCCUCGACAAUGGGAGUGUUCGAGGAGACAGUGGCGGAGAUCUGCACCUUGAUCCACAAGCACGGCGGACAGGUCUACCUCGAUGGAGCGAAUAUGAAUGCGCAGGUCGGCCUGUGCCGGCCCGGCGACUAUGGCAGCGACGUUUCCCAUUUAAAUCUGCACAAAACCUUCUGCAUUCCCCAUGGAGGCGGCGGUCCUGGCAUGGGUCCUAUUGGCGUGAAGGCCCACCUGGCGCCCUAUCUGCCCGGCCAUCCCGUGAUCAGCCCGCUGAGCAGCGAGGAGCACAGCUUCGGGGUUGUCUCCGCGGCUCCGUUUGGCAGCUCUGCCAUCCUUCCCAUUUCCUGGUCCUACAUCAAGCUGAUGGGCAGCCGGGGUCUGAAACGGGCCACCCAGGUGGCCAUUCUCAAUGCUAACUACAUGUCCAAGCGCCUCGAGCAGCACUACAAGACGCUCUACAAGUCUCCCAGCUCGGAGCUGGUGGCCCACGAGUUCAUUCUGGACAUUCGCGACCUGAAAAAGUCGGCCAACAUCGAGGCCGUGGACGUGGCCAAGCGGCUGAUGGACUACGGCUUCCAUGCCCCGACCAUGUCCUGGCCCGUUGCCGGCACCCUGAUGAUCGAGCCAACCGAGUCCGAGGACAAGGAGGAGCUGGAUCGCUUCUGUGAUGCCAUGAUAUCCAUUCGCGAGGAGAUUGCCGAGAUCGAAGCCGGCCGCAUGGACAGAGCUGUCAAUCCCCUGAAGAUGUCGCCCCACACCCAAUCCCAGGUGAUCUCCGACAAAUGGGAUAGACCGUACACACGCGAACAGGCUGCCUUCCCAGCGCUCUUUGUUAAGCCCGAUGCAAAGAUUUGGCCCACGGUGGGAAGAAUCGAUGAUGCCUAUGGCGACAAGCAUUUGGUGUGCACUUGUCCGCCCAUAUUGCCCGAUCUUUGAGUUACACUAAACUUGAAACGAUAUUUACACUUUUCUACGAAUUUUUAAAUAAAACUAAACUUAACUA